AUGGGGUCCUGGGGCCUCAGGUACGACCACCAGGUCAGGUCAGGUACGACCACCAGGUACGACACCAGGUACGACACAGGUUCAGGUACGACAGGUACGACCACAGGUACGACCACCAGGUACGACCACAGGUACGACCACCAGGUACGACCCCAAGCACAGGUACAGGGUACCGCUGGCCUGUCCCAGCUGGAGAGCGCCCCCGCCCCCGCCGACGCCAAGGAGACCCCGCGCAAGACCAAGGGGGUCAUCCCCCACCUGGGCCACCUGCCGGACCUCAACAAGCUGUCUGACGUCAUCAGGAACCUGGUCAUGGGCAACGUGGUGUUCGUCAAGCCCAUCCUGAAGCCGCGGAAGAUCUGCAUCUACACCUGCGCGGAUCUCAAAGACACCAUCAUGGAGCGGUCGGCGCUGAUGGAGCACGUGUACCCGAAGCUGCGUCUGUACUGCAUGGAGAAGGGCUACGAGCUGAACAUCGUCGACCUCCACUGGGGCAUUCCCGAUGAACACCUGAACGACCACUCCUUCAAGGAACUGUGCCUCGGCCAGCUCACCACCCAGGCCCGCGACUCGCACAUCGUGACGGUGGUGUUCCUCAACGAGACCUUCGGCAACGCCCUCCUGCCGCGGGUGAUCGAGGGCCCCGACUUCGACCAGGCGAUCUCGGCAAUGGAGCACGACACCGAACCGCGAGCUCUUCUGGAAGUGGUACCACUGGGACGAGAACGCGACCGCCCUGCUACAAGCUGCAGCCAUCAGCACGCGAGCUCUGGAAGGUACCACUGGGACGAGAACGCGCAGAAGCGCAGCCCAUCAGCCACUGGUACCACUGGACGAGAACGCGCAGCCGCCCUGCUACAAGCUGCAGACAGCAACAGCGCCAGCCUACACCAGGAGGCCGUGCAGGACUGGAACAACGAGGUCAAGAAGAUGAUGACGCUGAUGAGGAUGGUCUUCAAUCAGGAGCAGAAGGAGAAGUACCUGUCCACGGUCAUGGAGCAGGAGAUCAAGCAGAGCGUCUUCAUGAACCAGGAGAGCGCCAAACACUGCCUGUGGAUAUGCCGCAGUUCACCCACUUCCCCGUCGCCACAACAAUCCCCCCGGCGCAAGGAAAGGUGUACGUGGCCCAGUGGAACCAGGAGCAAGAAGAGGCUGACAUCCCCUGCCCCAGAGCGAACUCAAGCCCAGGCCCGCGACUCGCACAUCGUGACGGUGGUGUUCCUCAACGAGACCUUCGGCAACGCCCUCCUGCCGCGGGUGAUCGAGGGCCCCGACUUCGACCAGGCGAUCUCGGCAAUGGAGCACGACACCGACCGCGAGCUCUUCUGGAAGUGGUACCACUGGGACGAGAACGCGCAGCCGCCCUGCUACAAGCUGCAGCCCAUCAGCACUUACAUUCCUAAUAUCAAGGACAGCAACAGCCAGCCUACACCAGGAGGCCGUGCAGGACUGGAACAACGAGGUCAAGAAGAUGAUGACGCUGAUGAGGAUGUCUUCCAAUCAGGAACAGAAAGGAGACCUUCCAUCAUGGAGCAGGGGCUGAUAAGAAAAGGGCUGGAUUGUGUCCUUUUGGGAUAUCAAGCAGAGCGUCUUCAUGAACCAGGAGAGCCAAACACUGCUGUGAUAUCCGCAAGUUCACCACUUCCCUCGCACAACAUCGCCGGCGCAAGAAAAUGUGUACUGCAGUUGAACCCGAGUAGCAAGAAGCUGGACAUCUUGCAGAGCGAACUCAAGUGCGGAGCCACGCCAGUACUGGAGGACCUCUUGCGCCUCAAUCUCGCCGCUGCUCAUCCCAUCAAUCGACGCGCUCAUCGAGGAGGACGAACGAAGGGUCGCCAGGAGCUGCUCACCAAGAUCAUGAGGGUCGCCAGGAGCUGCUCCCAAGAUCAGGAGGUAGAGCUGAGGGCAGGUUGUGAGGAGGCGAGGGGUCUGCCAGAGCGCUGCGUCACCAAGAUAAGGACGGUACCUCAGCAACGACUCCUGCGUGCGCUCAUCAUGCACGGCGAGGUCGGCUGCGGGAAGUCCUCGCUCAUCGCCAAGGCCAUGGAGAGGUGCUGCGAGUGGCUCGUCGACGUCCCCUCGUCGUCAGGUGCGGUCGUAGGACUCCCCCCCGGGUCCUCGACGACGGAGCAGGUCCUGAGGCCAUCGCCGAGCAGUGCUGCGCGCUCUUUGGAGACCAUCGCGGAGGCCAGCAAGAGCGUGCGCCACAUGUCCGCCUUCCUCAAGCACGUGUGGUCGAAGGCGUGCAAGAUCCGGCCGCUGGUCAUCAUGAUCGACGGGAUCGACCAGGUCAAGUGUUACGGGUCGACCUCGCUGGAGUGGUUGCCGUCGGAGCUGCCCGAGAACGUCAAGCUGAUCAUGAGAUCCGCCCCUGACGAUCGACGAAGGCUACAACAAGUUCGAGGCAUCCUGAGCAGCACCACCGGAGCGUCAACAAGGAGAGCAGAGGGGCUGGUGAGCAAGUACCUGCAAGAGUGCCCGCUGCCGCUCUACGUGGAGAUCAUGGGGCGGAUGGCGUGCCAGUGGACGGGCGCCGAGACGCAGCUUCCCCUCCAGCCGAAUCUCAUGGGCCUCAUAAAUGCGGUUUUCGACGAACUGGAAGCCGCCUAUGGCCAGGUGGAAGUGUCCCACACCCUCGGCUACUUGACGGCGGCCAAGCACGGCCUCUCGGACUCCGAAAUGAUUGACAUCCUCUCCUGUGACGAGGCUGUGCUCGAGAAGAUCUUCGUACACUGCACGCCGCCAGCAACAUGUCCAAGAUCUCCGUUCAGUCACUGUUCAGCCGCCACAACCGACGCAAGCUGGACGAGCUGCCCUACCAAGUCCUGCAACUCAGGGGCCGCAUCCUGGAGGAGUUCGUGCUCAAGUUCGACUGGGUGUACGAGAAGCUCUGCGGCUCGGAUACGUACCAGGUGCUGGAGGACGUGUCCCUCGCCCUGAGGAACCACAGCAACAACAUCGAACUCGUCCUGCUGAAGGAGGUGCUCGAAGCUCGCCGCCUACGGCCUCGGAUACGACGGAAGGCAGUUCUACUCGCAGGUGUACGGGCGCUGUCCACGCUGAUGUCCGACCCCGCAGAACCACGAGACGUACCCCAUCAUCAAGGAGCUGUACGACACCGCCGCCCGCGCGCCCGUGCCCUGCCUGCUGCCCUCACCGUCUGCUUCCACGAGCCGUUCCAGGACCAGAACAUGAAGCUGGGCGACGGCCAGGUCUACUUCAACGCCCUCAUCCGCGCCCGCCACAACCCCCACUACGUCAUCACCCUCAGCACGGAGAGGGGGGAGAUCGCCGUGUGGAACGUCUUCACCAUGUCUCCCGUGCGGACUCUCACCGGGAUCACGCAGCCUAGGAAGCUGAAGAUGAUCGACGACUACCGCUGCCUGGUCCUCUGUGGGCGUGAGCUCCGUAUCUACAACUUCGACGAGGGUCUCUUCGUCAUGAAGCUCCGCGAGGUCAUGAACCAGAAGAUGCCCUUCUUCGGUCUGCACGACAAGGACCACGUGGUGGCCCUCUCGCGCUCGCGUAUGUACGUCAACAUGAUGAACCUCCAGAACGGCGACUGCGUGGCCACGUUCAAGGUAAUCCCCGCUGGACACUGAAGGGCCACACAGCACCUCCCAACACCAUCAGGUUGGACAACCGAGGUCUUCAGUGCCUCACCUUCGACUCCCUGGGUAGAGAUCGCUCUGUCAGGGUGUGGGACAUUCACACAGGAAACAGCCUAGCAGUGUUGACCCCUGACCAAGCUAUCACAGCAUGCGAGAUUUCAAGCGAUGGAAAAGCGGUUGUCAUGGCGCUUGAGGGACGCAAUGAAAUCGUCACCUUCCUUUUGUGCCACCAAACAGGUGUGGAUGAGCGACCAACACCAAAGUCAUAUGGCAAUGACACCAACCGUGGCAAAGUCUUUGAUCUUAGCCAAGCUGGCACGUGGCCGAUGUCUGGAGAUGCGGAGGAGAACAUGCUGUGGAGUUAACUCACCUUGUAGCUGUAUAUAUAUAAGAGAUAAGGAUAAAGCUAGAUUAAGAC